CACGUUCCGCCACAGACCCUGAUCGCCAGUGGAAGUCCCAUUAUUGAGCCCAGCACCAGGCCAGCACGCAAAAAAAAAAAGCAGAGCUUGCUGCCAGAGCCAGUGUGACCCACACGAGUACACUCACACUCUCCUCGUGAAAACCCCGCCCAUCCAGCGUCCUCCCCCCGGCAUCAUUUGCCCAUUGUUUCAGCGUGUUCCCCACGCCUCCACGUCGGUCCUCCAUUUCACGCCAUGGCCACGAUUCUGAACAAGGAUAUCCGGGGCCACCGCCGCGCACCGCCGCCGCCGGGCAUGGUGCACAAGGAUUCCGACACCAUCAAAUUCACGUCGGCCCGCAAGCUCAGUGGCUGGGUCUACUUGAAAGACGACGGCAUAUUCACGUCGUUCCGGUGGAACAAACGGUACAUGUCGAUCGGCGACCGGGCGUUGAAUUUCUUCAAGACGGAGCCCUCGGAAACCGCGAACCUGGAGUUCGACUUGCUGUUCCCGUUGAACUUGAUCGGCUCCAUCAACAUCAAGCCGAAUCUGGGCUACAACAAGACCUCGCAGACCAUGGAGAUCGUGCCCAAAAACGGCACCAAGCCGCUCUUGGUCUCCAUCAAGACCCACCGCGACUACUUGGACUGGCUCGAUGCCUUCACCACCAAGUGCCCGUUGGUGACCAUCAACCAGCACGGCGCGUUUGCCAUGGGCAAUCUGGGGGUGUCCAGUCCCAUCAACUUCACCCACAAAGUCCACGUGGGCUUUGACCCGGAGAGCGGAAACUUCACCGGCUUGCCCGACGCGUGGAAGUCCAUGCUCCAGCACUCCAAAAUCACUAACGAGGACUGGAAAAAAGACCCCGUGGCUGUGAUUGAGGUGCUCGAAUUCUACUCGGACAUCAAUGGGUCCAACGCAACCACUCCCCUGGCGUCUCCGGCGCUUGGUGCAGGGGAGCAACCGAAGAUGAACUUACAGGACUGGACGAAGCAUCCAACGGCAAAACUGGCGACCCAAGACCCCAAGUAUGAUUUGCGCCCGACCAGAGCUGCACCAAAACCCCCGGCGCCGUUUCACACAACUCUGAGCCUGCUGCAAAAGCCUGGUGUGUCUCCGCUUAACAACUUAAUGAAUGCAGGGCUGGGCUCCAAGAGCCAGGACUUGCUCCCCGAAAGACGAGCCCCGCCACCACCGGGGCAACAGACGCAUACAAGCUCCCAAAGUUCGCAGCCAUUCAAGCCCAUGAAUCAACCUGUGGCGUCGCUGUCCAGUCAAUACCCCAAAUAUCCUCAGCAAACAACCAAGUCUGGUUCAUACAAGGCAGGCAUUUCUCACAAUCAAACCCAGCCUUUGAGAAACUCAACAUUGGGCGGUGGCACAUACACUCAGGUGCCCAAGACUUCACCUCCAAAGUUGCCUCUUAAUGCACAACCUACCGCGAAGGCCCACUCUGAAAACAUCAAGCAAACCUUGGCCAAAAUGGAUUCGCUGUCGGCAAAAACCGAUGACAGCCUCACACUAAAGAGUCUCAAGUUGAAGCCCCUGAAACCUGAUUUGAAGCCUGCCUCGAAGCCUGAGCCAAAAACAGCCGCCACGCUGCAGAAGUCUGCCAAGCAGAUAAAGAAGGAAAAGGAGCAGCUCAGUGACCAACAGGUGAUUGCAAAAUUAAAGACUGUGGUCAAUAGUGAUGACCCUUCAUCCCUCUUCCGAAUCAUACUGAAAGCUGGUCAAGGUGCUUCGGGUGAAGUCUAUUUGGCAGAGUCUCUCAUUCCUGGCCAAAACGGUAGGAAGGUUGCCAUCAAGCAGAUGGAUCUCCAAGCGCAACCCAGAAAGGAGUUGAUCAUCAAUGAGAUUCUUGUCAUGAAAGACUCCCGACACGAUAAUAUCGUAAACUUUCUUGAUUCAUAUUUGCGAGAAAGCAAUGAUUUGUUAGUGAUCAUGGAGUACAUGGAGGGGGGCUCUUUGACUGAGGUUAUUGAGAACAACGAGUGCAAGUUGAACGAAAGGCAGAUUGCGACCAUUUGCCACGAGACUCUUAAAGGCCUACAAUUUUUGCACAAGAAGCACAUCAUUCACAGAGACAUCAAAUCUGACAAUGUGCUUCUCAGCGCUGGGGGAAACGUCAAAAUUACUGAUUUUGGAUUCUGCGCGAAAUUGACUGAUCAGAGGUCCAAACGCGCCACUAUGGUGGGAACUCCUUAUUGGAUGGCCCCCGAAGUGGUGAAGCAGAAGGAGUACGACGAGAAGGUAGAUGUUUGGUCGUUGGGGAUCAUGACCAUUGAGAUGAUAGAGGGUGAGCCUCCUUACUUGAACGAAGAGCCUUUGAAAGCUUUGUACCUCAUUGCGACCAAUGGCACACCAAAGCUUAAGAAGCCCGAGUUGCUCAGCAACUCAAUCAAAAAGUUCUUGUCCAUCUGUCUUUGCGUUGACGUGAAGUACAGAGCUUCCACCGACGAGCUCCUUGAACACUCAUUUAUCCAAUACAAGAGUGGCCAGGUGAGCGAGUUGGCUCCAUUGUUAGAGUGGAAAAACAACCAGCAGAGCUAAAUCAAAAGUGAUACUUUCGAAAGGUCUGCUUUAUAUUUAAUUAAAAAACAGUCUAUAUGAGAUCAACUAUUAUUCUGCACGAAACCAGUUACAUAGAAGCAGCUACUCAUAGAUCUCAUGGUGUUCGUGUUCAACAUCCUCUGCAUGGCCU